CAUGAGAAGGUAGACACACGUGUCGAUCAAUCGUCUGAUGAAGUGCCUGUCGUUUUGACAAAAACCCUCGUCAUCGUCAGCCCAGGCCGUCGCUCACCGUUCGAACUGUACCAUGUCGAACCCUCCAGAAACAAGUCGGCCUCGGACAUUCGGAUUGCCCUGGCCUGAGCUCAACGACGGUCUGUUCUACAACGACGUCGUUCGACCCUCCGAUUCCGAAUUGACACUGAUCGAGUUCUACUCUAGCAAAUACAAGAAUUCAGCUCCUCCGCUAGGUUGGAUGCAGCGAAUUGAGAAUGGACAGAUAACAGUUGAUGGUAUUGCUGUUACUGAUCCUAACACAAUCCUCAGAGUCGGCUCGGAGAUUGUCUAUCAUAGACUUCCUUGGAGAGAGCCUGAUGCGCCAUACUUGCUUGAAGUGUUAUAUGAGGAUGAUGAUAUGGUCGCCCUUAAUAAACCUUCUGGCCUACAAGUUUUACCUGGAGGCCUUUUCCAGCAACGGACGGUUUUAACACAGCUUCAAUGGCGGGCAAGCAAGCAGAGCUCUUCUGUAGCAUGCCAAGAACCACACCCUGUUCCUGUUCAUCGCCUGGGAAGAGGCACGUCAGGAAUAUUGCUUUGCGCUAAGACGAAACUCGCCAAAACUCGCCUUGCAUUAUUCUUUGCUGAUGGGACAUCUCAAAUUGAAGGCAACAGAAAUACCAAUGAGGAGAUCUGUGGAGUAAGAAAAAUUUCAAAGAUGUACCGCGCACUAGUGACUGGGAUACUUGAUGAAGAUAAGGUAAUGAUAAAACAGCCCAUUGGAAUGGUGCGGUAUCCUGGUGUUGCCAAGGGGCUGUACGUUGCUUCUUCCUCAGGGAAACCAGCUCUGAGCAAAGUUGAUGUUCUUGAGAGAGGCAUGCAAGGGAACACAACAUUGGUCCAGGUUGAAAUUCAGUCAGGACGGCCCCACCAAAUACGUAUCCAUCUUUCUUUCAUUGGGCAUCCUUUGUUGGCAGGUGAUCCUCUCUACGUUAGUGGUGGACAACCAAAGUGCUUUGAUCCUGAAUUUAUUGAUGAAAGUUUUGCAACAGACGGAGGGUACCAAAGGCCAAUAAAACCUGUUCCAGGGGACUGUGGCUACUGCUUGCAUGCACAUCAACUGGUUCUUUCUCACCCAACAACCAAUCAGGUAAUUAAAAUAACUGCACCUCUUCCACCUGUACUCCGAACACAGAAGGAGGCCGAAGUAAACACAAGUAAUUAGCAGCAGGCCAGCAGCACUAUUGAACAUGCUACUGCCAGUCGCCUGCAGAAAUGUGGGGAGCAAAUGAAAGCUUGCGUUGCAGCCAUGCUACCUUUCGACAGUAGGAAGAUGAUUUUGUUUUUUGUUUUUUUGUGUUUUAUUUUUUAUUUUUAUAUACAAUGUCGUGUUUAAAGUGAAACGUUGCAAACGGCCGAUUUGUUAAUGCUUGGCCAUCAUUUCCCUUCACAGCCCUUAGUUUUCUAAAAUAAUCUCAAAAUAGAACAGAACUGUUCUAUUUGUUGGAAUUACUUCCGAUCAA